AUGCCCUCCCCUCCCCUCCCUGUCGAGAUAUGGGAGGAUACCAUCGACGCCCUCGCCGCCGCACACGAAUUCGAAUCCGUCGCCGUCUGCGCAAGGGUCUGCACGCAGUGGCUCCCCCGGAGCCGCCUCAACAUCUGGCACGAGGUGUACCUGAACACGAUCGAUCAGCUCGCCUCGGUCCGCCACGCCCUCGAAUGUACCCCCCAGCUUCGCGGGAUCGUCCACUCAGUCCACCUCCAUCUGAUGCGCGGCCAACGGCAAGACCCUGCUCUGUUCAACAGUGCGCCGGUGGUCCUUCUGCCGUACCUGCCAUAUGUGGAAGUCUGGACAUUCGAGGCAUUCUGGGCUUUCGGUGUGCCCGGGUUUCGAUCUUUCUCGCGCUUCUCUAUGGCCUGCUUCAGGCAGUACUCGUCCAUAAAGACUCUGGAGAUCAAGGGGGUGCAAUUGGCGACGCCUCUGCAUCUGUAUCGACUCGUGGCCAGCUUUCCCAAACUCCAGGUGCUCCGGUUGGCCUCCAUCAUGUGGGGAAAGAACGCAGACGACCCCGCCCUGCCGAGCUCGCGCAUGAGCAUUGCGUCUCUCCAGGAGCUCAAGUCCCUCUACUACAGCGACCCACCUGUCAAAAGGUUUCACGGGCACACUGGUUACGUGGAAAGACUUGUUAUCUCCCCCUCGGGAGUGUGGGCCGCAAGUGUUGGCAUAUGCAAUUCCUCCGGCUGGAGCUUCAACUUCAUCAUCUGGAACACCGAGUCAGAAAAGCUGGUACUCGAGCGAUGGUACGACACCUACGGUGUUAACUUGUUCUUGGUCUCGUUCGCACCUACAGAGGCGCUGUGCGCGUGGAGGCGCCCAUCCCACGGAGUAGAUAUCUUCAGGCUCCCUUCACAAAGCGAGGUGGCAGCGGGACAAAGAGUGCGGAAGGUCGGGUGCAUCAAGGUCGGUGGCCACCACCACUACGUCGAUCACACCUGGCGGCCGGACGGGACGCAGCUGGUGGUGUUGACGUUGUUCGGGAGCCUUGAGGUCUGGGAUGCAGUCACUCUUACCCUCGUCCAGUCAUUUCCCAGUCCGAGCCACAUCUUACCGAUCCGCAUCAACAACGACCCCACGUACGACCCGUCGUUCAUCCGGAUCUCCAACGACGACCGCUUCGUCCUGCACGUCUGUACGUUUACUCCGAUGCCUGGCCCACGACAACGGUGCAUCCUCGUCCACGACCUCGUCACCGGGGUCUGCCAUUCUCCAUUCCCCUCCCCGGACGCCCCCACCCCGUUCUGCUUCGAACCCGUCAUCCAAGCCGUCCUGCGGAGAGAUCCGGCUCGGCCACACGUUCAGCAAGUGGUCGUCGUUCGGGACGACGCCCCCAUCGUCAUGCUCGCCGACGUUGGCACCGACUCUUCCCUCGGAGGCCCGGUGUCAUUGACCCUCGACAUCGAGCCGACACAACCACACCGCGGGCUUCUCUUCCAAGUCUCGGCCAACGGCCACCGCGUCCUCCACACGCACGACACCGCACUCUGCACGACGUACUCGGUGUUCGACGUCGGGACCGGGCUCGCGGUCUCCUCCGUCUCGUUCAAAAACGCUCUCCAGGGCUACCGCCGCGGGGUGCUGUCCCCCGACGGCAGGCAUGUGGUGUUGCUGGCGUUGUCUUACCAUAAGAUGUGGCUGUGGCACGUCGAUGACGGAACUCUGCAUCGGAUCCAGGGGACGAUGGGCUGCCGGGAGUGGACAGCCGCUGAGUUCUCCGGGGAUGGCGCGACGCUGGGGCUGGGGUAUUCGGACGGGACUGUUUCGUUUCAUAUCGUUCAAGACAUAGUUCGCGGACAGACCUAG